AUGAGUAAAACAUUUAAAGACAAAAAAAUAACUCGUGGGCAAAUACAAAAGAAAAUAAACGAGGAAAAUAGGAAGGAAGCAGAGAAGAUUGAAGCAGAAUUACGCGAGGCAGAGCGGUGGUACGAUCCAAAACGGGUUACGAAGUGCGAUAUACGAAAAGUGCGGGACAUUGAUACAGUUAAAAAGAAGGAGAUACUUCGUAAGAAGUACGAGGAGGAAUACAACAACAUGUGA